CCUGAAAUAUACGUAUAGUCCGAGGGGUUAUGUGCAAACCGCGACAGGGGAAGAGGCGACCGGAAUAUCUCCCCCCUUCUUCCUCUUCUCCGGCGAGGCUCCGAUCCCGCGGGCCACGGCGGCCGGAGAUGGCGAGGAAGGGCGUGUCCUACGUGUCGGCGGAGCAGCUCGUGUCCAUGGCCCGCGACCCCCGCGUCGCCAUCGUCGACGUCAGGGAUGAGGAGAGGACCUGCGACGCGCACAUCGCCGGGUCGCACCACUUCGCCAGCGACGGCUUCGCAGAGCGGCUGCCGGAGCUCGCCGAGGCCACCAGGGGCAAGGAAACCCUCGUCUUCCACUGCGCCCUCAGCCAGGUGCGCGGUCCAUCUUGCGCACGAAUGUUUCUGGACUAUUUAUCAGAGGCCAAGGAAGAUUCAGGGGUAAAGAGCAUCACGGUCCUCGAACGUGGAUUUAAUGGAUGGGAGCUUUCAGGGAGACCUGUUUGCCGCUGCAAGGACGCUCCUUGCAAGGGUGUGUGCUCUUGAGUAUUUGAUGUCAAGAUGAUGCAUUUUUCAACUGUAGGGCAUGCUGCUCCGCACAUUACCAGAGUGAUCACUAUUUACAGACUAGCCAUUUGUAGGGGAUUAUAUCUAUGGCACAUUAGAAUGGCACGUGGACCAUCAAUGUGCUAUGUGGAUCUAUCUAUUGAAUAACAGUCAUUUUCAAUUUUUCAUGGCAUGUAAACUGGCAAACCUUAUUGGCAAGAAAAUGUUUUGCGAGCUGAAGUUCUAUUA